ACAACAGUUUGUUAUGGUAUUCCAUAUUCAUUAAGGUCACAGAACAGUCAGAAAAUGAAUGUAACAUUUAACUGUUGUUUAGUAUUUUGUGUUCUUGCAAAUAUUAUAGUUACGUUUGGUGCUGAUAGUUGGACAUGCACAGCAAAUACAGAUUAUAUCGACCCAAUGUUUGCUUGUAAAGAUUUAGAAAAAAGGUUCAACACAAUUGAACUACAAAUGAAACAAUUCCAAAAACUGAUGCAAACUAAUGGGCUCACUACAUACACAACAAUUGAGGGAUUUCCUAAAGACUGUGAAGAAAUCUAUGAAAAUGGAACACGAACUGAUGGCAUGUAUAUGAUCUCGCCUGACGGAAGAUGUCCUUUUCUUGUUUACUGUGACAUGAAAAUUGGUGGCUGGACUUUGAUACAACGGCGUGUUGACGGACGUGUUAGCUUCUAUAGACCUUGGCAGGAAUACGUCACAGGGUUUGGUGACAUUGACGGGUCGUUUUGGCUUGGCCUUGAGAAAAUCCAUCGCCUAACGAGAGAUGGAACCCAGAUCUAUUUUGAUAUGGAAAACUAUGACGGUACAAGAGAUUAUGCCCAUUACAAUGUGUUCACCGUUCACAAAGCAGCGACCGCAUACAGAAUGAAUGUGGAUACCUUUGGAUACAGGGGUUCUAUCAAAGAGCUCCUUAGUUACCAUGACAACCAGAAAUUUUCUACCUAUGACAGAGAUAAUGAUGCACACUCUUCACACUGUUGUAAAGACCGUGACGGAGGUGGUUGGUGUUACAACGCAUGCUACAAGCUUGGGAACUUGAACGGAAUUUACGGAAAAAGGGAGCUUGGAGGUGUUGGUUAUCACGACAGUGGUCAUUUACAGAUAAAGAAUGUUGAAAUAAAAAUUAAGGCGAUGUACGGUGUUUGUUAAUCACAUGCCAUUUUUUUGUUGUAAAUCCUAUCAACAGUUUUAUUGCACUCCAUGUAUGUAUUUAAUGUGGGGACAAUUCUUACUCAAAUUUUGUCCAUACAUAAGGAUAAUCAUUGCAACAAAAGCUAGGAUUCUUAAGCAAGUGAUUUAUUCUUUUUCUCUUUGCUGUCCAUUUGUUUAUAUUAUUUCUGUGACAUUUACCAUAUAAUAUAUAAUUAUAUAUAUCAAAAUCAGGGGCGUAGUCAGCUUUUUUCAACUUGUAGGCCCAUAAAAGGGGUUCUGGGGGCUAAGCCCCCAGGAGUAAAAAACAAGUUCCGAUUAAAAAGAGCAAUUUGCACGUUCUAAAGUAUUUUCAAGGAAAAUUAUCAAAACAAUAAUUUAAAACUAUGAAUUAGAUUAGAUGCCAACUUUAUUGAGGCAUCAGCCUAAAAGACCGACCAUACGGCUUGAACGCACUACCAAUUUCACCCACGCCUGUUUUUAUUGUAUUUUUGGGACUCUUUAAAAUGUCAAUGUCUUGACCAACUUGUAGGCCUAAGCCGACAUGGCCUUAUAGUAGCUACGCCACUGAAAAUUGUGUAAAUUGUUUUCACUCUUUAGCUGAUUUAUCAAGAAACUUGCAAAUACACUGUUGAAUAAAUAAAUUUAUUCUUUUUUUAUGAAUAUUUUAUAGAUUUAUAAAAAUUUAUUCAUGAUAUUCAUUCAAUGUGCAAGAACAUCUAUUACAGUGACAUCAUUUCCCCACGAAGAACAUGAUAUUUGAGCAAAUGGUAUGUUCGUUAUACGACUAUAGACUUAAAGUUUCUGCCUUAAGUUUAUUUAUCUAUACCUCAUGCUAUAUACACAUAGAGUCGUCAUAAUUACU